UAUGGAUGAAAUGAAGGCAUUUUAUCAUGAUUCAAUAACAAAGGAGAGAAUAAAGAGAAUUGAUUUAACAAAAGAAUAUAUUUGUGGUAUGGAUCCUGUGACUGCCAAAGAUUUAGAUGAUGCAUUAAGUAUUAAUGAUUUAGGGAAUGGUAUUUAUGAGAUUGGAGUACAUAUUGAAGAUGUUUCUCAUUUGUCAUUCCUAAUAGUGAAGUAGAUAAUGAAGCGAUACUUAGAACUACUUCUGUUUAUUUAGUUCAUAAAGUUAUACCAAUGUUACCUAGAAUUCUUUGUGAAGAAUUGUGUUCAUUAAAUAAAGAUGUUGAAAGAUUAGCAUUUUUUGUAUUCUUUAGAUUGAAAAGUGAAGGAGAAGUAUUAUGGGAUAGUUUUACAGGUGCUACGUCAGUUAUAAAGAGUUGUGCAUAAUUAAGUUAUGAAAUUGUUAAUUAAAUAAUUGAAGGUGAAAUAUAAUAGUUUAGUUAAGGGGAUUAAAAAUAUAAAGUUGCUAAGGAUUUGAUGAAAAUGUAUUGAAAGAUAAGAUUUUAUUGUUAAAUACUAUUGCAUAAAAGAAAAGAACAAAAAGAUUAGAAGGAUCAAUAACAUUACAAAAAAGCAAAUAAAGAUUCAUUCUUAAUUCUGAUUUAUAUCCGAUAGGUUAUGUAGAAGAAAAGAGAGGACUUGCUUAAUUUAUGGUAGAAGAGUGGAUGUUGUUGGCUAAUUAAUUUGUUGAUAAGAAGUUAAUUGAAUAUGAUACUAAAACAGCUAUUCUUAGAUAACAUAAACCACCUAAAGCUGAAAAAAUAGAAUAUUAUAGAAAUCUAUUAAAAGCUUUUGGAUUAAAAGAAAUGGCUGAAAAUUUAGAUGUAUCAACAUCUACAUUAAAAAUGAUAUAUAUUAAUAUAUUAUUUAGCUGUAAAAGUUUGAAAUUAACUAUGGCUAAAGUUAAUGAUAUUUAAUCUGAAGAAAUUAAAUUGAUUUUAGAAUUCCGUCUAUUAAAAUUAAUGGAAGCUGCUCAAUAUUUUGUAGUUGAUGAUAUUCCAGAAUUAGAAGGGAGACAUUAUGCCUUAGAUUUUGAUGUAUAUUCACAUUUUACAUCACCAAUACGAAGAUAUCCAGAUAUUUUAGUAUUAUCAAAAGUAAUUUAUUAAAUUUAUAUGUUUUUAACAUAGAAGAUUAUAAAUUGCUCUUGA